GACAAAACUUUUGUGGGCAAUAUUCAGUGCCAAGAACACUAAGGUUCUUCAAAUAACUUUGAGGACCUUAGAAGAACCCUUCUUUAACCCCUAAUUUCUAGAGUGCACAUAACAAUUGCAUACAAGCAUUCACUUCCUGUUGCAAAGGGGAGAAGAGAGAGAGAGCGUGAGAGAGAGAGCACGAGAGAGAGAGCACGAGAGAGAGAGAGAGCUCUUUGGAUGACUUUUGUUGACUUGCCAUAACUUAAAAAGUUUCUGUCUCCUCUAAUUUUCCUGAGUCUAGUUUUGUUCUGUUUCAGAUACAAUCCUAGUAAGCUAAAAUUUUAGUUUUUGACUGCUGAAAAUCAAGAUAAUCGAAGGUCUGUCUGAGAAGUAGAGAAAAUGAACAGAGCUGGCGUUUAUGGCGGGCUUGUCUUCCUCCUCCUCAUCAUGACUACUGUGGAGGGUAAAGGAGAUGUGUCAUUCUGGAGAACUAKAGUCACAAUGACCUGUCCUGGUGAAGGAGAAUGGUAUGAAGACACUAACAAAAUGGGCACGUUCAACAUAAUAAAAAAUAUAAAAGUGGAUUAUGAUGAUAGCAAGAAAAGAGUUUACAACUGUGAAUAUCAGCAUGAUCCGUCUGUUACUGAAAAAACAACCUAUCAGUUUUACUUUAAAGGAAAGGUGUGUGAGGACUGCUAUGAGCUGAAUCCGACUCUGGUUGCCGGGGCCAUCAUUGGGGACCUGCUGGUGACAGGAGGGGUCAUCCUCAUUGUGUAUCUCAGGGCUCGGAAGAAGUCUGGACCUGCUGCACCCCAAAAACCCACUUCUCGCUCAGCAGGCCGUGGCCCACCAGUGGUGCCAAGUCCUGACUAUGAGCCCCUUAGUGUGGCAACCCGCAGCAGAGAUAUCUACGCUACCCACAGGACUGGGUAGACUGUCCUCUCACCAGACCACACCUGUUCUCUAUGACCCCUCUGAUGCCCCGGACCAGCAGGCCUCAGCUCACCCUGCCAUCAAAGAGGAGGGGAGAAGGCUCUGUAGUGCUUAGCUUAGACUUAAAUGUGCUUUUUAUUUUUGCUUGAUGUGUAAAAUGUGUGAUAUUAUGAUUCAAUUAAACUGUAGUUUAGAAUUACUGUAACUGGUGAUAAUAGUGAUCAACGUAGUGUUGCUCUYGAAAAUAGAGAUAUAAAGAUAGGGAGAUCUUUGUAAAGACUUUUAGAUGUUUGCUGUACUGAAAACAAGUACAUAGCUGUGUUGAUCAACUGUUGUAAAAUGGUAUUAAUGUUUGCAGAUGCCAGCCAAGUUGUCCUCUUCACAAUGUUAUAGCUGCCUGUAUAUACACUGAGUGUACAAAACAUUAGGAARGCCUUCCUAAAAUUGAGUUGCACCUCCUUUUGCCCUCAUAACAGCUUCAAUUCAUUGAGGCUUGGACUCUACAAGAUGUUGAAAGAGUUCCACAGGGAUGCUGGCCCAUGUAGACUCCAAUGCUUGCCACAGUUCU